CCCAACCCAAGGCCUCUAGCAAGGAUGAGGUUCCGGGGGGCCAGGGCAAAGGGGGCCGUAGCCCUCAGCCUGACCAGGGCCCCUGAUUUCCCCUGCCAUGGGGGUUGGGGCUCCAGGCAGCAGACUGACCAUCUCCCAGACACCACCAGUGACUGGGGGAGGACCUGCUCUGCCCUCUCCCCACCCCUUCCAAUGAGCUCCUUGUUUUUGCCAAAGUUUCCAAGGGGGUAUCUUUGUGUUCAUUCCCUUCCUGCUCUAACGGGCUCCCUUUCCAGUCUUGGGAGCCUGCCCUGCUCCCUCCAGGAAAGAGGGCAGAGGGCUGAGCCUGGGUUUGGACUGUAAAAUCUCAACACUGCCCUAGGACACCAGGGUCCCAAUCUCCCCAGGGCAGGAGGAAGACCCUGCCAUUCCACAGUCCCUUCCUCUGCCCGGUGCUUAGGCCUCUGGGAGCAAACAGGAACACUAGAGACCAAACGAGGGGUGAAGGGGGAGGGCUGAGCCCACCCUCUUGCCCUUGCCCUUGGUGCCUAAUGCUGCGUAAAUGCACUCACUGGGUGCAUGCUACCCUCUAUGCCCCCUCCUCAUGCCAGGCCCUGCAUUUCUGUGGGGGUCCAGAGGGUGAAAGCUACAGAUGCAGGCCCAUUCUGCACCUCUUUGCUUGGGCCCAGAGUUUACCUUUGUGCCCUCUGUUAUAAGCCCCUCCCCAGUCCUGUCAUGUGCCUUGGGCUCUCCCUGCCCCCCAUCUCAGCCAUGGGGCAGGGACCCUCCUACACUACAGAGGGGCCAGGGGACCCCUCUGCCCCUAGUGCCUUCCUCCCUGACCCCCAGAGCAGCUUGGCCCAGGGAGAGGGGGGGUGGGUGCUGCUUAGCUGAUCCUGCCCUGACCCAGAGGAAGCCUCUAUUUAUUUAUUAGCUUUUGUUUACACCCUGGAAUUGACCCCUUCCUCUAGGGGUCUUGGGAGGGGGAGCCCAGGGCCCCUGUGACUCUCCCCUUCUUCCUCCAAUCCCCAGUUUGUAUUUAGCUGCCAAAUAAGAUUCCCACUGGCUCCCCUUUUUCCUGGGGGGUCAGGGUGCUGUCCCUUCCCCUCUGUUUACAUCUCCCCUCCACCCCGCUGUAUCGCAUAUUGCUGAGUUUUCUAUUUUUGCAAAAUAAAGUGAUAGAAACUCAUGGGAUGUGGCUCCCUCGAGGAGGUGUCGGUGGGGGGAAAGGACCAGCUGACCUGAAGGGGGAUUGGGUGAAGAGGGAGAGCUCCUAAUCUACUGGGUUUUGCGCCUUUCUCAGGGGAACCAAGGAAAUAGAAUGUAAUGUGCCUGGAGGGGAGGGGAGGGGUGGGGAGAGGAAGAAAGGCAGCCUUCAGGGUCCACCCUGAGUUUCUGGGCCUCCCACAACCACCCGGGGGGAUUCUUAGAUCAGACCCUAUGGACCUCUGGGAAGGCAGGAAUGGGCCUCAGAGGUCUUUAAGCUGUCCCCACCCAUGGUCAUAUAUAUGUGUAUCUCUGCUCUUCUCUGGGGAGGGGGUUCAUUGACCUUUCAUUUGGUUCUCAUGAGGGUCUCUGGCCCCAGAAGAAAAGACCCACAGCCUAUAUCUAAGUUAAGUGUUUGUUUAUACCAACCUCUCACUCCAUGAGCUCUCCCACCCUUUAUGACCACUCUCUGUCCCUUCUGACCCCAUUCUUCACCCCAUGGCCUCCACUCAGCUUCCAUGACCCCACUGCUAUCUUCUGUCCUAAUCUCUCCCCUUGCCCCUAUCUGCCCCACUGCCUCUGGCCUCUACCACUGCACCCUUGUGCUCCCUCAGCAUCACCUCUGCACCCCCAUGGUCCACCUUCUUCCCUGGGACAGUGCCUUGCCUACCUUGUUCCUGGCUUUCUUCACCAAUGACCUGUGCAUAUGGAGAGAGGUUGAGGAUAUGGGAGUAGGGGAAGGGAGAACGCUGGGGAAAAGCAGAAGAAGAAAGCGAAAGAAGCUCUAGAGGAAACCACAGGGCCUAUGGGGUAGGGGAGGUGGUUGCCAUGGUAACCUCUGGUUGUGGGGGAAGGGUAAAAAGUCCCAUAGCCUGAGGCCACCCAAAGGAGGAACCCCUUCCCCCACAGUUGCUCUUCCCAGCAGCUAUGCGCCUACUAUCCAGCUGCCAUUUACUGAGCACCUGCUAUGAGAUGGGCACUUUGCUAGGUGCUGUGGCUUCAGUUGGUCUUGUCCCAAAGGGGUGCUCCUGACACAGGAGACAGACCUGUGAACACAGACCUCGCAUCAGUUCCUUCUCAAAGCUCCCUCUGGUCAAGUGUGGGCCAGGGCGAGUAUUUCCACAACCCUGUCUUUCUAUAGGCUUCAUUCUUAAAAACAUUUUUUUAAAAAUUGAUUUCAGAGAGGAAGGGAGAGGGAGAGAGAGAGAGAAACAUCAAUAAUGAGAGAAUCACUGAUCGGCUGCCUUCUACAUGCCCCCCACAGGGGUUCGAGCCAGUAACCCAGAAUCAACCAGGAAUUGAAGCUGGUUCACAGGUCGAUGCUCAACCACAGGGCCACACUGGCCAGACUACAGGCUUCAUUCUUGCCCUCGCUCCAGCUGCCAUUCCUGCUUGGUAUGCUUCUCCUAGGUGGCCCUUCCACCCCUUUCCAGGCUCCACGACUGUCUGGGCUCCUUGGCCCCGUCUCAUUUUCUAAGCCUGGCCCUGUGCCUCUCUCUCAGCUUCCCAGCUGUCUGGACCUUGAAUUUCUCAAAGCCUCUCCACUUUUCACCCCAUUACUUCUCAUUCACUGAUUCUCUCAUCAAGCCCUUAGUAUGUGCCAGGUUCUCUUCUAAACAGCUGAUAUGAAUUAAUCUCAUUUAAUUCUCAACCACCAACCCUAUGAGUUCCACUUGACAGAUGAGAAAAUAGCCACAGGAAGAGUCAAUAACUUACCUAAGGUCCCAAGACUAGUAAGGGAUGCAGACCCAGGAUCUGAAGUGGGGCAGUUUGGCUCCAGAGCUGGUAUAGUCAAGCACCCGCAAGGGUACAGUGGACACGGGGUUUUCAAACUGAACAAUAGUCACCAAUUUCCCCCAGUACUUACUGCCUCCAUAUUUCUUCCUAUCGUGUUCCUAUAUAUACAAGGAAGUGAAGACAUCAUCAACUCUGGAGGCAAUCCCAGAUCAUCCAGUUACUAGCAACGUGACCUUGGGUAGUUUUUACUUUUUACCUCUAAGCCUCUACAUCUGUGAAACUAGGGGGGCUGGGGAGAUAUUAACACCGAUGUCAUGAGGCUCCUGUGAGGAUUAGUUAUAACAUCAGAAUACACCCAGCACCUACUAGGUGCUCAAUAGAUGAUCUUCCAGAUCCCUAUAUCAUCAACUCUCUUGGCCCAGUUCCACCCUAUCUGCUCCACUUUCUAGAUCAGUCACCCCCACCACCCCCAAGUCUUCCCCACCCCGGGCGUGUCACUUCCUCCUCUGUAGCCUCCCAGAUCAGUACACAAAGGCUGCCGCUGCCGCUGGAGGAAAGGCUGCCCUGCUCGCACCUGCCAUGGUGGCUUUGUCAAUGGUUCUUGUUUUCCUGCUGGUUCUGAGCAGAAGUGAGAGUGAACUGGACGCCAAGAUCUCAUCCCCAGGGGAGGCCACAGAAUGGGGUGAUCCUGAUCUGUCCCUGCUGGGAUCCUGCAAGCCAGCCCCAUCCUGCAAGAAGUGCAUCCUCUCACAUCCAAGCUGUGCAUGGUGCAAGCAACUGGAGGUCACCCAGUCCGUGCUCAUCGGCUUUGGCUCCUUCGUGGACAAGACGGUACUGCCCUUCGUGAGCACAGUGCCCUCCAAGCUUCGCCAUCCCUGCCCCACCCGACUGGAGCGCUGCCAGCCCCCCUUCAGCUUUCACCACGUGCUAUCCCUGACGGGGGAUGCCAAGGCCUUCGAGCGGGAGGUGGGGCGCCAGAGUGUGUCUGGCAACCUGGACUCACCUGAAGGUGGCUUUGAUGCCAUUCUACAGGCUGCACUCUGCCAGGAGCAGAUUGGCUGGAGAAAUGUGUCUCGGCUGCUGGUGUUCACUUCAGAUGACACGUUCCACACAGCUGGGGAUGGAAAGUUGGGUGGCAUUUUCAUGCCCAGUGAUGGGCAUUGCCACUUGGACAGCAAUGGCCUCUAUAGUCGCAGCCCAGAGUUUGACUACCCCUCUGUGGGUCAGGUAGCCCAGGCUCUCUCUGCAGCAAACAUCCAGCCCAUUUUUGCUGUCACCAGUGCCACACUGCCCGUCUACCAGGAGCUGAGUAAGCUGAUCCCUAAGUCCGCAGUGGGGGAGCUGAGUGAGAACUCCAGCAAUGUGGUGCAGCUCAUCAUGGACGCUUAUAAUAGUCUGUCAUCCACUGUGACCCUCGAACACUCUCCACUCCCUCCGGGGGUCAACAUCUCUUAUGAAUCUCAGUGUGGGGGUCAUGAGAAGAGGGCUGGUGAGCCUGGGGACCGGGGCCAGUGCAACCAUGUCCGAAUCAACCAGACGGUGAAUUUUUUGGUUACUUUCCAAGCUACCCGCUGCCUCCCAGGGCCCCAUUUUCUGAAGUUCCGAGCUCUUGGCUUCUCAGAGGAGCUGACUGUGGAGUUGCACACACUGUGCGAUUGCAACUGCAAUGACACCCAGCUCCCAGCGCCCCACUGCAGUGACCACGGGCACCUACAAUGCGGGGUGUGCAGCUGUGACCCAGGCCGCCUGGGUCGACUCUGUGAGUGCUCUGAGUCUGAGCUGUCCUCCCCAGAUCUGGAAUCUGGGUGCCGGGGCCCCAAUGGGACAGGGCCCCUGUGCAGUGGGAAGGGACGAUGUCAGUGUGGACGCUGCAGCUGCAGCGGACAGAGCUCUGGGCGCCUGUGCGAGUGUGACGAUGCCAGCUGUGAGCGACACGAGGGCAUCCUCUGUGGAGGCUUUGGCCUCUGCCAAUGUGGAGUGUGUCACUGUCACGCCAACCGCACGGGCAGAGCGUGUGAGUGCAGUGGGGACAUGGAUGGCUGCGUCGGUCCUGAGGGAAGGCUCUGCAGUGGGCAUGGACAUUGCAAAUGCAACCGCUGCCAGUGCUUGGACGGCUACUACGGUGCCCUAUGUGAUCAGUGCCCAGGCUGCAAGACACCAUGCGAGAGACACAGGGACUGUGCAGAGUGUGGGGCCUUUGGGACUGGUCUCCUGGCCACCAAUUGCAGCAUGGCUUGUGCCCAUACCAACGUGACUCUGGCUCUGGCCCCUAUGCUGGAUGAUGGCUGGUGCAAAGAGAGGACCCUGGACAACCAGCUGUUCUUCUUCCUGGUGGAGGAGGAAGCCGGAGGCAGGGUCAUGCUGAGAGUGAGACCCCAAGAGAAGGGAGCAGACCACACCCAGGCCAUUGUGCUAGGCUGUGUGGGGGGCAUUGUGGCAGUGGGACUGGGGCUGGUCCUGGCUUACCGGCUCUCCGUGGAAAUCUAUGACCGCCGAGAAUACAAGCGCUUUGAGAAGGAGCGGCAGCAGCCCAACUGGAAGCAGGACAGAAAUCCUCUCUACAAAAGCGCCGUCACGACCAUCAUUAACCCCCGCUUUCAAGCUCCAGAAAGUCCUCUCUGAAGAGGGUAGGGCUACUCACUCCAGGGCUCUGCUUGCUGGGGGGAUGGUGGGAAUUGGGGCUCUGGGUCUAUCAGGCAGCAGCCUGCUGGGGGACUAAUCACCGCCUACUGUACUUGGACACCCCAGAGGGCCGGCCUCCUGCCGCACCCUUGCUUCCCCACCCCUCAAGAAGUGGGGGGUUGCCCCAUCCACAAAUACAAUAAAGAAUCUUCAGAUUACAGAUCACUUUAACAAA